UAUAUUUAGGGGAAAAAAAAAAGAAAUGUUGUCGUUUUAAGUUAACGCGCAGUAACACUCAAAGAUGGAUCGUGGAGAGAUGAAAUCUAUAUGGGGUUAUGGCGAAAAAUCAAUAGAAGAUUUUUAUACAACUAAAUUUAUAAGUUUGUUGUUGCAAUAUAACUACGUAUGGUCCCCAGAUCAACAAGAAACCUCGAGUAUUAAUUUGGAACCAGAAAAAAAGGCACAAUUUUUGCAUGAUUUCAGCGAAUUCGUGGAGAAUUUUGACGAACUUCGAGCUUCAGAAGUGAUAAAUAAUAUCAAACAAAUUUACAACGACGAAUAUCAUAGAUUGCUUAGAUCUUCAAAAAAGAAAAAUGAUUCAAGAUUUCAUUGGUUUUCUUUAGCCCAUAGGCUAUUUCGAGAAUCUAUGAUUGAAGAUUCCACCGAUGAAAACUUAAAGCAAGACCAUGCAGAAUUUGAUACAGUAGCAAAAUUUCCGUUUAUGAAAAGUAAUCUUGCUGAGAAGGUUUCCGCAUAUGAAGAUCCCUUGUCCCUGAGCUCUGAAGAUUUAACAGACGAGGAUCUGUUGUCACCACCAUCUGGAGUUUUCGAAGAUGAGGAUUCUUUUUCGCCGAGAGGUGAAGCUUUUAGAGAAGAAAAUCCGUCACCACCAAAUGUUGAAGUUUUUGCAGAUGAAAAUAGAUUAUCAUUAAGAUUUGAUGUUUUAACAGAUAAAUAUCCAUUAACGUCAAGAUCUGAGACUUCUACAGAUAAAAAUCAGUUAUCACUUAUCAGCUAUGCCUCCCAUUUUCCAGGUAGGGGUGCCACCCACUCUCCAGGUGGAGGCGCCACCCACACUCUAAGUAGAGGCGCCACCCACUCUCUAAGUAGCGGCGACAUCCACUCUCCAGGUAGUGGCGCUAUUUAUACUCUAGGUAGUGGCGCUAAUUACUCUCCAGGUAGAGGCCUCACCCACUCUCCAGAUACAGGAGCCUACCACUCUCCAGAUACAGGAGCCUACCACUCUCCAGAUGCAGGAGCCUACCACUCUCCAGAUGCAGGAGCCUACCACUCUCCAGAUGCAGGAGCCUACCACUCUCCAGAUGCAGGAGCCUACCACUCUCCAGAUGCAGGAGCCUACCACUCUCCAGAUGCAGGAGCCUACCACUCUCCAGAUGCAGGAGCCUACCACUCUCCAGAUGCAGGAGCCUACCACUCUCCAGAUGCAGGAGCCUACCACUCUCCAGAUGCAGGAACCUACCACUCUCCAGAUUCAGAAGCCUACCACUCUACAGGUUCAUACUCCUCAUACUCCUCAGGUUCAUAUUCCACAGACUCUUCAGGUUCAUACUCCUCCGACUAUCCAGGUAAAGGAAUCUUCUAUAAUCCAAAAACAGGCUUUUUCUAUUCUCAAAGCGCAGGAAUCUACCACUCACAAGAAGCAGGAAUCUACCACUCUCCAAACAUAAACAUCUACUAUUCACGAAAAGCAAGCAUCUACUACUCUCCAGACACAGGAAUCUGCCACAAUGCUGAUAAUUUAUUCUACAUCUCUCCAGGGACAAGUACCUUCCCCUUUAUAGGUACAGGAGUCUCCCCCUCUGCAGGUGCAGGAGUCUCCCCCUCUGCAGGUGCAGGAGUCUCCCCCUCUGCAGGUGCAGGAGUCUCCCCCUCUGCAGGUGCAGGAGUCUCCCCCUCUGCAGGUGCAGGAGUCUCCCCCUCUGCGGGUGCAGGAGUCUCCCCCUCUACGGGUGCAGGAGUCUCCCCCUCUGCAGGUGCAGGAGUCUCCCCCUCUGCGGAUGCAGGAGUCUCCCCCUCUGCGGAUGCAGGAGUCUCCCCCUCUGCAGGUGCAGGAGUCUCCCCCUCUGCAGGUGUAGAAAAGUACCCGGCUCCAGGUACUAGAACCUUCCAUUCUUCAAAUACAGACGUCUCACAUUCUCAGACCACUAGCGCCUCACAUUCUCAGACCACUAGCGCCUCACAUUCUCAGACCACUAGCGCCUCACAUUCUCAGACCACUAGCGCCUCACUUUCUCCGGCCACUAGCGCCUCACUUUCUCCGGCCACUAGCACCUCACUUUCUCCGGCCACUAUCACCUCACUUUCUCCAAAUACAGGCGCCUCACUUUUUCCAGCUAAUAGAACUUCCCCUUCACCAAAUACAGGCCUCCCACCUUCUCCAGUCACUAGAACCUCCCAUUAUGCAAAUACAGCAGCCUCACUUUCUCCAGCCACUAGAACCUCACUUUCACCAACCACUAAAACCUUACUUUCACCAACCACUAGAACCUCACUUUCACCAGCCACUAGAACCUCACUUUCACCAGCCACUAGAACCUCACUUUCACCAGCCACUAGAACCUCACUUUCACCAGCCACUAGAACCUCACUUUCACCAGCCACUAGAACCUCACUUUCUCCAGAAACUAGAACCUCACUUUCACCAGCCACUAGAACCUCACUUUCCCCAGCUGCCGGAAACAGUCUAUCACCAUCAUCUAAAAGAUUUUCCAUCUACGAAGAAAGUACUUCUCCAUGGAAACAGCAAAAAUGCGAAAUAAUGGGAGGUUCCAAGAACAUUAACGCUUCAGAAGAUGUCAAAGAAAGAAAUCACACAGAUAGAAGACGUUCUCUUAGAUCUUCAAAACAAAAAUCACCAUCCUUUGAUUUAAGCAAGCCAACGCAUUUUGGAAAUGAAACAACAGGCUUUCCAGCCUAUUCGGGUGACGCAUCGAUUCUCCAAAGAAGUUACAGCGAUGGGCAUUCUUCAACCACUCUACAAAACGUACCCAGUCCUGCAGGUGAAAUCAAGGGACUUUCAAAAUUUUCUCGGUCUUCGCCAUUGUGUCCGUACAGUACUGGCCACUCAGAUAUGUCAAGUAAUUAUGGAACAAAAGAUGGGACAAAAGGUGGUUUCGAUCAGAAAAAUUCUCAAGUCAGAAGCAUCGUACAAUCUGCCGCUUCAUUGACCAUCGAAAACGUCGAAAGACGAUCUGAAUUUUUUCCAACUGUAGCUACUGUAGGGGAAGACCAACAAAAAGAUUUUGCGAACACAGCAACCAAUUUACUAACGAAUCUACCUCCAGAUUUAACGUCAGAGUGUGAAGCUUUCAUAUUCCAUUUUUUGCAUGAAACAUUAAAAUACAGCGAAGAAAAUGAAAUUAAAUAG